UUACUCCAGCGAAGCAAAUCUAAAAGAAAAAGAUCAAUUGAUCAAGGAUGGGCGUGGGUAGUUAUGUUUUCCAGUUUUAUUAUAAUGGUAUUAGCAAUGGGCUAUGUAAGAACAUUUGGAAUACUUUAUGUGGAAUUUGAAGAAAGGUUUGGUGCUUCAGCUACUAUAACGUCAUCAACUAUGGGGUUUAGAAGUGUGGUACAAUCUCUAACCGCAUUUAUUGUACAUGGUGUGGUUUUAGAAUUUGUUUCAGUUCGUGUUGUUAUAAUAUUUGGUGGAUUUAUAUAUGGUCUUAGUGUUCUAUUAAAAGUCUUUGCAACCAAUAUGUCGUAUGUGAUAUUCACUGAAUGUGUAUUUGCAGGUAUGGCUCAUGGUAUUGUUUUCAGUCCUCCUUUUGUAAUGAUGAGUCAAUAUUUCAGAAAACAUCGAUCUUUUGCGACUUCGUUGACUACUUGUGGAUCUAGUCUUGGGUUAAUGGUUUUUGCUCCAGUGUUAAGAUACCUAUUAGACCAAGAAGGAUAUCAGGGAGCGCUGCUUAUAUAUGGUGCAAUAUUAUUGAAUAUCAUUCCUUGUGGGUGUUUAUUAAGACCACUAAAACCUCACGAAUUGCAGUUUCCUGAUGAACCACCAACAAAAGAGGGCAAGCCGAUUUCUUCAAGUGGUAGCUUAGAUAAAGAUACAGAAAUAGCUGUGAUUGCUCCCUCAUUGAAAGUACAUUCAGAUCGUCAGUCGCGACUUACAUCUGUAAGAUUGGCUUCAUCAAAAAUGGUGAAAGCUUUUGACUUUCAAUUGUUUAAAGAUCUCCGUUUCCUGGUAAUAUUGGGAUACACGUUUUUCGGUGGCGUAGGGUCAAGAGUUGCUGGUCUUCUUUUGCCACCUUUAUGCAAGGAAAUGGGUGUAUCUAACGACGAAUCGUCCCAGCUUCUGAUUAUUCUAGCUGUCGUGGAUCUUGUCAGUCGGUUUUUUCUCGGAUUGAUAGCUGAUAGAAAUUGGAUAAAGAAACAAAACAUUGUUUUAAUCACGUUGGUUAUAAUCGGAACAGCGUGUCAUUGUACCAGAUUAUGUGAAUCGUUUGGUGCUUUUGUAGUGUUAACAGUAGUGCUAGGUCUAUUUUCUGGAGCAUUUUACGCUCUCUUAUCGGUAACAAUAAUAGAUAUAUUAGGUUUAUCAAAAUUAAGUACUGUUCUUGGCUUCGUUCUAUUGUACGAUGGACUCAGUAGUGUGCUAACGUAUCCAUUAUUUGGAGCAUUACGAGAUACAACUGGUACUUAUAUAGCAUCGUAUCAUUUUGUUGGUGGUUGUGCCUAUUUGUCAGCUUUGAUAUUAGCAUUAGAACCUCUUGCAAGUCGA